AUGCCUUUUCUUGGUAGUGAGAAGCCUCGUCUCAGAUCACGCAGGUCGGAGGACGAAUUUGUCGUGUUUCUUCAGGGCAUUCCACCUCACUGCCGCUGGCAAGAACUCAAGGAUCUUGUGCGCCAAACUGCACUGCACAUCCGCCAGGCAGUAGUGUACGAUGAUAGCCAUGGCUUUCCCACCGGACUUGGUCAAAUCAUAGUCAAGAAUGAAGACGAGGCCUGGCGAACGUAUCAUCGACUUUCAACUAAUGGAUGGGACGGCCAAAGCCUGGUCGUCACACUUUCGCGAACCAGCACACCCACCAAGCCCAUUGCCGGGCCUACCAGAAGUCCACCAGCCAUGAUACAGUCUGGCUACGUCUCCGGAUACUCCACGCCUCCAUCAGGACAUGGCAGUAUGGCACUGCCCCCGUCACCCGUCUCCCCAGAAUCUGCUCAUCCCGCCACACCUCCAUUCUCAUUCCCAGAUUAUGGCCCAAUGAUGGCCCCCAUGCCAAUGCCACCCCGCUCAUUCAUACCCAUGAUGCCAGACCCACUCGCACCGUCUAUUCAGUGCUUCCCGCCAUCCCCAGUAAUGAACGUCCCAUCCUACGAACAGCAUUGGAACAUGUUGCCAGGCUACCCGAUGAACCCCUCGCACUCCAUGCACUCGCUAAACGGAGACCAACCAGCGCCCAACCACCAGCGCUCUUACCUGGACAAGUGCCGAUUCAAAGGCCCAGAUCCCCACUCUCUGGCUUUUUACCCCGAGCGGCGAACCCUAACGCUUGAGAACUUGAACCCGGCUACUACAUGUGCCGACCUAACAGACCUUCUGCGAACAGCGGGCACUGUCGAGCACUGCAACAUAGUGACGACGGAUUCAACGAAAAGCGGCCACAUCCGCGGUUUGGCUACUAUGCAAAGUGCCGAGGACGCACAGCGCGCCUUGAUCCUAUUCAACAACCUGACGUUCCUGGGCUCGCGGAUUAGGGUAAAGAUUGACCUUAUUUCGCACGCAAUGCAAGAUGCGGAUAUCGAUGGAAUGCCAGCCGCGGGUCUAGUACAUGAGGGCUUUGGCGCAGUGGUGGAUCCGGUCAAGAGGGGAGUGUAUCGGUCAUGGGCCGAUGAGAUGACUGCUCGGGUCAGAGCUAUUGAUACUUCUAAGCCGCUGGUGAUAGAUGGGUCUGGGUUGAAUAAGUCUGUGGAGAAUCUCUCAAUCACUUCUUCAACGUGA